AAAGGAAGAGAAGGGAACUCUCUCAACUUGUCUAGGGCUUUCCCUCCGUUCCAGUGGUUGCUUUCUCUGUGUCCUUGUCAUUUCUCUCUGGGGCAGGUAAAAUAGCCAUUUGAAAGAAGCCCUAAGCACCAACCGACUCUCUCUCGAUUUAGCUUUGGCUUUCAUCUCUCAGAGCCAUGCAGCGGCCGGUUCUCGUCCUCAAGGAUUCCUUGACUCGUGAAUCUGGAAGUCGGGUACACCAUGCAAAUAUCCAGGCUUCAAAGGCUGUGGCUGACAUAAUUCGCACUACCUUGGGUCCACGAUCCAUGUUGAAGAUGCUACUUGAUGCUGCAGGAGGUAUUGUAGUUACUAAUGAUGGGAAUGCCAUUCUGCGAGAGUUGGAUCUUGCUCAUCCAGCUGCAAAGUCCAUGAUUGAACUAAGCCGUACACAAGAUGAAGAAGUAGGAGAUGGAACAACCUCAGUCAUUGUUCUUGCUGGUGAGAUGCUUCAUGUUGCUGAAGCUUUCAUUGACAAGAAGUAUCAUCCUACAGUCAUUUGCCGAGCUUAUAGUAAAGCCCUUGAGGAUGCUAUUGCAGUGCUUGACAAGAUUUCUAUGCCUAUGGAUGUGAAUGAUCGUGCUAAAAUGCUGGGGUUAGUGAAGAGUUGUAUUGGUACGAAGUUUACUAGUCGAUUUGGGGAUCUAAUUGCUGAUUUGGCACUAGAUGCCACCACAACAGUUGGUGUGGAUCUUGGUCAAGGAUUCCGUGAAGUAGACAUCAAAAAGUACAUAAAGGUUGAGAAAGUUCCUGGGGGCCAGUUGGAGGAUUCCAAGGUCCUUAGAGGUGUUAUGUUUAACAAAGAUGUUGUUGCCCCUGGAAAAAUGAGAAGAAAAAUUAUCAACCCCCGCAUUAUUUUACUUGAUUGCCCUCUUGAGUAUAAGAAAGGGGAAAAUCAAACUAAUGCAGAGCUGGUCAGAGAAGAAGAUUGGGGAGUCCUCCUGAAGAUAGAGGAAGAGUACAUUGAGAAUCUCUGCAUGCAAAUUCUGAAGUUCAAACCUGACUUGGUCAUAACUGAAAAAGGGCUUAGUGACCUGGCUUGCCAUUAUUUGUGUAAAGCUGGAGUAAGUGCAAUAAGGAGAUUAAGGAAAACAGACAACAACAGAAUUGCUAAAUCUUGUGGUGCGGUCAUUGUAAAUAGACCGGAUGAACUUCAAGAAUCAGAUGUGGGAACUGGGGCUGGACUUUUUGAGGUGAAGAAGAUUGGAGAUGAGUUCUUUGCAUUUAUUGUUGAAUGCAAAGACCCAAAAGCAUGCACAGUUCUUUUACGGGGUGCUAGUAAGGAUCUUUUAAAUGAAGUUGAAAGAAAUUUGCAGGAUGCUAUGUCUGUUGCUAGAAACAUCAUAAAGAAUCCAAAACUUGUUCCAGGGGGUGGUGCUACAGAGUUAACUGUGUCUGCUACGUUGAAGCAGAAGAGUCAAUCUAUUGAAGGCAUUGAAAAGUGGCCUUAUGAAGCCGCUGCAAUAGCUUUUGAGGCUAUUCCACGGACAUUGGCACAGAAUUGUGGUGUCAACGUGAUCAGGACAAUGACUGCGCUGCAGGGAAAGCAUGCAAAUGGGGAGAAUGCGUGGAUUGGUAUAGAUGGAAACACUGGUGCAAUUUCAGACAUGAAAGAGAGCAAGAUCUGGGAUCCUUAUAAUGUGAAAGCACAGACAUUCAAAACGGCCAUUGAGGCUGCUUCCAUGCUUCUUAGGAUUGAUGAUAUUGUUAGCGGAAUCAAGAAGAAGCAAGCUCCAGGGGCAGGUCAAACUCCAUCAAAACCGACAAUCGAGCAAGAAGGCGAUGUUGACAGCGAGCAAAUGAUUCCAGAGUGAAAGCACCAGGCUGCAUAAACUCGAGGAGUCGUAAGAUGUAUCCAAAGAAGAGCUGCCUAUAACAUUAGAACACGAUAGUUCCUUUCUGUAGGUAUGUUUGGCCCUCCGAACUUAUGGUGAUAGUUCCGUGAAACUUCUGUUCUGAUUGCUGGCAUUCUCAAGACGCUGUGUGAAGCGAUGGAUUCUGAAUUUUGUCCAAGUUUUGAUGUAGUGAUCAGCACAAACCCGCUUUGUUUUUACUA